CUGUGAAGUACGGCAUACAACCUCUGUGUUUCUACGGCCGUGUAAUGUACGUGUGGUAGUUAGGAAGUACGUGCCGUGAACAGUACUUGUGGAGGUACCGGUUAUGUCGUAUCUCGGACUUUAGGAACGCUCACCUGUGUGGACGCCGGCUCGGCCCUCGGGCGCCAACCAUUCUGAUGAUUCUUUAAAGAGGAUGUAAAACCAGAAUGACGGCUGAUGAUUUCAGUGCUACGUCCUGGUAUCAGACAAGAUCUCUAAUAACUUAGGUAUGUUGGCGAUGUGUCGGGCUUUUACCACUACACAGGUAGUGUUAUCGAGUAAGGAGGUAUGACGGUCUCGGGGCAUAAUUCGACAAAAUAUGACAGUUCAGCGUAUACAUCAUCUCAAUCGAGGAGGACCCUAGUGUGGUGGCUAGUCCUCGGUAUCCUCGCUGGUGUCGUUGCCGUUGUCUACGUCACGAGUGUCUCGUCCUUCCAUGCAAUCAUCGACCGUACCAACUCCAGCUAUGAUUUCGUAAUCGUGGGUGCCGGAACAGCAGGGUCAGUCUUAGCCAGUCGUCUAACCGAGGACAGUGAUGUUAAGGUUUUACUUUUGGAGGCUGGAGGCGAGGAAACACGUGACCCAAAUCUGCACGUGCCGCUACUGUCUUCUUUACAGAAGAACCCGGAUUUUGAGUGGAUGUAUUACACAGUGCCACAGAAAUAUGUUGCUAUGGGGAUGAACGACAGGACUCUUCGGAUUCAAAGGGGACGGGCCUUAGGCGGGACCAGUAUCCUCAAUAAUAUGCUCUACCUCAGAGGAAGUAAGCGAGGAUAUGACGAAUGGGAGAAGGCCGGGUGUAAGGGGUGGGGCUUCCGUGACGUUAUUCCAUACUUUCUCAAAUCGGAAGACAAUGAAGGAGACCAGUUCAAGCCUUCAGCCUAUCAUGCUGCCAGAGGUCCCCUGAUGGUGACACCUGUAUCCAGUCCCCAUCAGCCACUGGAUGAAACAUUUCGACAAGCCGCACAGCAACUCGGAUACAAAGACAUAGACUGCAACGGCAAAGAAUCUAUAGGUUACUGUGGAGUACAGGCAACAACAAAGAAAGGUGUCCGGAUGAGCACAUCUAAUGCUUUCCUCAGACCCGCCAUGUCGCGACCGAACCUUCACGUCGCUCCUUUUGCUCACGUUACCAAGGUGCUGAUAUCCAACGGGAAAGCGGUCGGCGUAGAGUUCCUAAGGAAUGGCCGAAGAGAAAUAGCAGGAGCGACUCAUGAAGUGAUCCUAUCUGCCGGACCCGUGGCCACGCCCCAGAUCCUUAUUCUUUCUGGGGUUGGACCUCAGGAUCUGCUUUCUGAUCUUAAGGUCACGCCCCAGUCGUUGGUUCCAGUGGGAGAUAACCUUUACGAUGGGUUGAUGGUCCCCAUGCGGGUAUUCAUUAACGAAAGCUUUACAAUCACGCCGGCUCGAUCCACAAGCGUUAUCAGCCGUAUGAAGUACAAGGUAUCCGGUGCCGGCUAUUUACCCAUGCCCGCUGGGAUAUUUGGACAUAUUUUUGCAUUAUCGGAAGAAGGAAGUGAAACACCUGAUUUUGCCAUCUCUGGAAUGGCAACACUUCCGGAAGUAUGGGAAGGUUUCGACUGGAACCUUAAACAGAAUAUUCUACAAGAGCUGUCGGAAAACAAUGAUAACCACGCGGAGGGCAUGACUUUGAUGGUACAGCUACUGACUCCGGCUAGUGUCGGCAGGAUCACACUCAAAAGUACUAACCCCUUCGAACAUCCCACCAUCGACCCACAUUAUCUCGAGGACCCUGAAGAUAUCAAGGCAUUAGUUAAAGGAAUGAAGCUCGCCUUCAAAUUAACACGAACUAAAGCCUUUAAGAGGUUGGAUCCCAAGCUUCCAAGGAGAGUUAUUUCCAAGUGUUCCAAGCAUAAGGUGAACACUGACCAGUACUACGAGUGUCUGAUUCGUUACUUGGCGGUGUCCUCGGAAACUGUCGGCGGCACGUGUAAAAUGGGCGAUGUCGCUGACAACUCUACAGUGGUGGAUCCCCAGCUGAGGGUUAAAGGUAUUAACCAACUGCGGGUCGUCGAUGCCUCUGUUUUACCGACACCUCUAUCCGGCGCCACGUACGCACCCGUUGUCAUGGUAGCAGAAAAAGCAGCAGAUAUCAUCAAAAAGACAUACCAAAGGCGACAUAAACGCCGGCCUAGCUGAUAAAAAAACGGAAGUUAGCUGUUCUGUCGUCGUCAUAUCACAAAUACUAUGUUAUAUUAACACUUCAUCUCACUUUGUGGUGUGAAUGGAUCAGUUAUCACCAAGGAUAUGAAUGACGUCAUAUUGUUAAAUACUUAAAUGUUUGUUGACUUGUGUUAUAUAUUAGGAUGAUGCUGUUCAUUAGUUACCCCUUGUAUGCCGAUAAUGGUGUUGUUUAUCGAUUACCCAAUGUUUGUCAAUUGUGAUGUUGUUUAUCGAUUACCCAUUGUUUGCCGAUAAUGAUGUUGUUUAUCGAUUAUCCAUUGUAUGUCGAUGAUGAUGUUGUUUAUCGAUUAACCAUUGUAUGUCGAUAAUGAUGUUGUUUAUCGAUUAACCAUUGUAUGUCGAUAAUGAUGUUGUUUUAUCUAUUAACCAUUGUAUGUCGAUAAUUAUGUUAUUUAUCGAUUAACCAUUGUAUGUCGAUAAUUAUGUUAUUUAUCGAUUAACCAUUGUAUGUCGAUAAUUAUGUUAUUGAUCGGUUAACCAUUGUAUGUCGAUGAUGAUGUUGUUUAUCGAUACCCCUUGUAUGUCGGUAAUGAUGCUAUUUAUCAGUUUAAUAUUUUUGUUGAUAUUUUAUUUCCUGUUGAUCAAGUAUACUGUGGUUCUCGUGCUACACAAUGGCUGAACAAUAACUGGGAUUCAACACAUUUGUCAUCUUGUUUUUAGUUUUGUUUUCCAUAAGUAUUUAUACUUAAGUUAUCUUGUUGUACGCUGUCCUACUGUCAUAACGUCAUAUACACUCUUUGCUUGCCAAUUGUGAAUACUUUCACGACGAUGAUAUAGUGCGUCUCCGCUGACAUGUGGACACUCUUCCUGGAUAACGAUAUCGUUGUAUGUGUUACCUUGUUAGUACAUGUAUGUCACCAAUAGUGUAAUGUUAUUAAUCAGGGUCGAUCAUGGGGCGAUACAUAGCUUUUAAUCUCCAUUAUUUACCGAUAAUGGGUUAAUACAGGUGCCUUGUUCCUCGUUUAUAUCGGUUUGCUACAUAGCUUAUUAUCGAUGAUGGUGCUACACACGUGGUCUGCGCCUCGUUGUCGAUAAUGGUGUGAUACAACGCUACCGAUAAUGGUGUGAAGCAUAAUCAUUAUCUCCCUUUUUAAUCAAUGAUGGUGUCAUGCACGUGCUCUACCCAACGUUAUCGCUAAUGGUCUUAUACAAUACCCCGCCCCUCGUUUGUUUUUUGUUGACACAUGUGUGGUACUGUAUUAUCUCCCUUAUUUGACGGUCUACCUAUAUAUGUCUUUCAUUGAUUGUCGAUAAGAAAGCUGUAGUACAUUGAAUCGUCAAGAUCAAUUUGUGUGAAACAGUUGUUUUUUUUAUCUGUUGAUAGAUGGUACUGUACUGCAUAUCUUAUGCUUCUGUUUGUAGAAAACUUAUCCGUCUCAAUAUUGUCCCUUAUUGGUUGGUAGCAGCAUCAAAGGAAAAUUCUAACUACGAUGAAGUUGACAGAGUUUUCCUGAUUUAACUGAGACUGUUUCUGGUAGGAUGUAUUCCAGUUUUUGCGUGUAUAUAGCAUAAGUUUCGCUCACUUGUCUACGUAAAAACAUGAAUAUGACAAUGUGAUCUCAGUGCGUGACGUAGUGUGAUUUCGUUAUGCUUUUAAUCAUUGUUAGAUAAAUGCUUAGUGAACUGUAAAAAAAAUACGUUCGUUAAAUACUUUCGUUGUGUGUAAUAUAUAGAAACAAUGCUCAUAUUCUUGGAUUGUAAAAGCUCUGUUUCAAGUAUAGAAACCACAAAACCAACAGUCGUGUCCAAACUGAAAACAGAAUUUCGAUAUGAUGAUCAAAUUUCGAUUGAAUAAUAUAUGAAAAAUUGAUUUAUAUACAAUUAUUUUGAAGAAAAAUGCACACGAGUUGUAAAUUAUCAACAUCAUAUUCAGUCAUUUUUAACUCAUUUCGCCUUGACGUUGAAAAAAACCCAAUCAUAUUUGGAAAUCUUGCCUUCGCUAUCUUCCGUUUGAUGACUGUUUCCACUGGGUAUAUUCACAAACAGGAUGUCGUUUAAACUGAUAUCGGUACCCCUGUUGUAAUCGCAGAGAGACGAGUUAUUACAGAACUAUUAAGUUAUUUUCAUAUUCGUUAGAGUUACUUCCCUUCGCCUGGCAUAAAAGUAUUUGUAUAAUCAGGGAAGAUAGACCUAGGUAAUUUCUUUUUCAACUUUUGUAAUUAUAUUAAAUUACUCAAAUUCCGGGUAAAUGUAUGGUAUACCGCUAAAUGUGUUGUUUAAUAGUUGAAUUAAAAAAAAAAAAAAAAAAAAUAGAGCCGGCGGUGAAUCUUGACCUUAAAUGGUUCACUGUAAUCAUCCCGAGUCAUUCGGUUUUAACAUUAGCCUAGAGUAGAAUAACCUGUUGACUGGCCUUUUAUCAAUAGUUAGUGUGCCCAGGUGUGUGGAAGAGGCUUGUAUUGAAUGAUUUAUAAGGGAGUGUCGGUAUCGGCGAUGAUAAUAACGGACGUAGAGAGUUAGUACAGUAGAAGGUCCUAAAAUUAGCCUUGACCUGUGUGGACAGUUUAUAGUACUAUUGUGCAAUGUUAUUUUUAGAAUAAAUUGUGUUAAACUAU